AUGGAGUCCUACAAGGAGCUCACUUGGAGAGAGGAAGAUGGUAACCUUCAGGCAGCUAGAGAUACUCUUUGGUUCACUUAUGGAGAAGGAAACCUAUGGAAUAUCAAGGAGAUGAACUCCAAAGAGUGUGGGCUACAAUCGCUGAAGAGGGAUACUCUUCUUCAAGGUCAAAAGCUGCCCAAAUCAGGAGCCCAGUGCUGA